AUGCAAUUGAAAAAUCCAAGUGGUAAAAAAGAGCCAAUCUAUUUAAAAGUAUUGGCAUGGUAUGAAAGAACUCGUAAUUGGACAAAUAAUACCGAUGAAGACAAUAGUUAUAUCAUCUGGUCUAACAGUGACAACACAAAAGUGCCUACUGAUUAUCCACAACUUCGAGAACAACAUUUGCAAAUUCUUGUCAUUGAAGCACCUCCAUUCGUUAUAGUACACAAUUCUUCGGCUCACCACCCAGUCUCAGAUAGUGCCAAAAAUUUUGAACGAAUCAGACAUCGUUUUGAUCCGCUGACAACUGAAGAUCCAGAAGUUCUUAUUUACGGAUUUGUUGCUGAUUUCAUUCGUGAACUUGAAGCACAUAUGCAUUUUACUUACACAAUUAAUGUAGCUGAUACAUCAACGAAUUAUCAUUCUCUUGUGGCAUUAUUAGCAGAAGAUAAUCGUCAAUAUGAUAUUAUUUUAUCAAAUAUUGCAGCCACUUCAGAUCGUAUGCUUAAGGUUGACUUUUCAACACCCUUUCGUGAAGAUACAUUUCGAAUCAUUACUCGACUAAAGCCAUAUUCUUCAUCGUUGAGUCUUUUCUCAUGUUUUAAUCCAUUUACUUGGGAUGUAUGGGCAGCAAUAUUUGCAGUUAUGAUUUAUUCAAGUAUUAUUAUUUAUAUUUUUGAAUAUUAUAAUAGAGACGUGGAAAAUAAUCAAUCUAAACUAAAGACAAUUUUAAUUGGCAUAUGUAAUGGAUUGACCAGUAUUUUAAUCAUGAAUGGUGAUCUACGUUUAACAACGAUUUCAAGUCGAUUAACAAUUUUAGGUUUAUAUGCAUUAGGUAUUAUUCUUGUCGCAACAUAUACAGCUAAUCUUUCAUCUUUGCUUACGUUAAAUCGUGGUCAACCAUUUAUUUCAGGUAUCGAUGAUAUCAAAAAUGGUCUUUUACCUUUUUCACGUAUCGGUAUUGUGACCAAUUCAUCGAUUUCCGAUUAUUAUAUACGAAAUAUUUCUACUAAAUACUAUGCUCUUUCUAAAGUUGAAGAGACAUAUUCACGAUUACUUGAUCAUACAAUUGAUGCGUCCAUAUGCGAUUCGUCUCUACUUGAAUAUGCUGUCAACAAUUAUUAUUGUGAUGAAUUAACUGUAACUGGUGUUGGCUUCGUUAAAUCAUCAUUUGCAGUUGUUUUACCUAAAAAUUGGCUAUACAAGACGCAUUUAGACGUCAAUAUAUUGGCAUUACGUGAAUCACAAAAAUUAGAAUCAUUAGAAAAUGUGUGGAUGAGUCAUCGAACAUGUUCAUCAUCAUCAUCCAGCAAUUUCAAUGAAGCUGACGGUUCUAAAAGUGAAACGUUUUCAUUGAAUGUCUUAGGCGGACUCUUUCUUACAUUUCUUAUCAUAACUGCGAUCGCUUUUGGUUUUCAUAUAUGUCAUUGUCGACUAGUUAUCAUCAGUGCAUUUUAUCAAAUUAUGAAACGAAUAAAAUUACUAAUAUGGUAA